UUCUCAUCCCUAACCUGAGAAAAACAGACAAGUGAAAAGCAGUAUCGCUCAUUAGUGUUCGUUGAAUCCCUACCAACUCUCAACCUCGCUCGCUCGUAUCUCUCCGAUCGCCACCGUCGCCGCCGUGCUUCACUCUCUUAUUUCAUCUUAGCUGCGACAUUUCGUAACAGGUUCAAAUAAGAAACAAGUAUGCCACAUAAAACCCGACCCAUGACUGCAAUCUUGCUGUUUACAACAUUAAAUGCAGUUUUGUGUGCAACCAUCACUCCAGUCUACGAUUUUGUUUGCUUUCUUCCUUACUGGGAAAGAAGGAGGGAGAGGCGUCGUCAGGAACGUGAAGCUUCUAACCAUGGAAGGAUCUAGCCUUUUAAAUUUUAUUUUUUUCUUUCUUCCUCCCUCUCAUAGUGUAAAAAUAAUCUCAUAAUUGUCUGAUAUUUGUGAUUGGAUUUGAAGAUAAGCAGCCAGCAGUGGGAAAACGAAGGAGGGGAUAAACCUGAACUUUUUCCACAAAAUUGAGUUUAGCUAGAAUCAAUUUUGAAAGGAAAGGAAGACUCACGUCAUAAUUGGAUACCAAACAUCCUCUUGGAACCAUAAAAUCACGUUUGUUUGAUGCUGGUAGACAGUCCCACAUUCGUUCGCAGCAAGUAGCAAAACCAUAAAUUGAACGCAACUCUUGGAUUGAUCGUUUCUUAUGUUCCUACUUGUGGAAUCCAUGUUCAAUCUAUCAAUAUAUAUGUAUGUAAAGAUUAAACGUAACUUGUGGAUCAAUUGACUCCUUGCCGUUAAUUUAUGUUCGCUGUGGUUUUUUUUUCCUCGUUUACAUUUUUUAUUUUCUUGACUAUAUUCAA